AGAAAUAGUACCCACACAAACCCCCUCACCCCAACAUCGUCGUCCACUUGAUAACUCAUUUUGCCUGAUCCCGGUACCGUAUUUUUUCGCUCUUGUUUCAAAAAUAUCGCCUCAUCUUCGCUCCGUCAAUUUGCGGACUCUACUACCCCCCAAUGGCCAUUAUUUGCGUAAAAUUCAUUAACCCAAUUCAUUAAACAAUGGCAGCCGCCGGCAAGAAGGAGGAGCCCCCCGCCGCGGCCACGGCCGCCCCCCCGGGGGGAACCACCGCCGCGCCCCCAACCCCCACUACUGGCACCGAGAUGAUUUUAGACCGGUACGAGAUUAUCCUUGGGAAAAAGGGUUUUCUCGGCGCCGGGAGUUUCUCCACGGUGCAAAGGGGCACGGACACGAAAACCGGCAUGCCGGUGGCGAUUAAACAGUUCAAGAUGGCGGAAAUGAAAAAAGAUUUAGCCACCAAUAUCCUGUGUAAAAACAUCCCCACCCCAGAGUUGUCAUGCAGAACUGCAAUGGCAAGAGCAUUUGUAAUGCGCAUCCCCAUGAGAGGCAUGCCCCAUCGUAUUUUGGAACUUGUGAUGCUGUAAACAGGAUAAGGAGAUGGAUUUGUUAUGCGGCUCCCCUUGCUAAACAGCAUUACACUACAGCCUGCAACUUGUCACGCGUGGCUCCCAAAGCUUCGAGGUUUGUGUUGCAAAGUCCCCAUCUUGACUCUGGGGUGAGGACGUUUUUACAAAUGAUAACCAACGUGACGAAAUUCAAGCGGCAGAUCGACGUGCUGAAAUUUCUCAUGGAGCCGCUGAAAAAGGAGCACAUCGUGGACCCGAUGCUGUUAUGCAUUGCAAAACUAUCGUACUAGUGUAAAUAGCAUCACAAAUAAUUUCGCCAAGAGCAAAAGUGGAAUUUGUAAUGCUGUGUCAGGUUCGGAAAGUGCAUUUGUUAUGCAUGGCUGCAAUUUAAUAUUGUACGAGUGCGAUGCUUUUGCAAUGCAUAGCUGCGCCACGAGUACUUUUGGUCCAUUGAUCCGAAUAUGCAUUGCAAAUAUGUCCGGGUCUGGAAAUCUCGAAGUUGUAAUGCAGGUCUCACAUUCCGGUAAAAUUUAAAUUUGUAUUGCAUGACCACCAAAAUACGCAGCCUCUUUUGUCUAUACGAAAACGUAGUUUCUCAUGCGGGCUGUGCAUUAGAAAGCGUUCUGGAAUAAAGUUGUCAUGCUUGGCUGCAUUCGGAAUUGCUUCCAUCAUUCGCACUUUAGCAUCACAAGUUUUCAGACCCAGACAUUUUUGCAGUUGAUACCGAAGAAGUGCUUCCUCGAGCUCGUGGACUACAGCAAGGAGGCGGACGGAACCGCUAUCAAAAAGAAAAAUCCCUCCUCCCCAUGUCAAAAAGGAAAUCUGUGAUGCAGAUUUGUGGUCACAGAUCAGCUUUGUCAUGCUAGAAGGGAAAAGAUAAAGAUGCGGACUGUGGUGCUGGGUGGCGUGGGAAAGCCUUGCAUCUUCAGCAUGACAGGAGACAGCUGGAAGUGGGAAACAGCAUGACAAAUUGCCCGCAGGCGAGGCCACAGCUGCGGCCCUUGGCCUGCUAGCAAUACAAGUCGAUCUGUGUACCCAAAUACAGCGUCACAAGUUUCCUGUCCGAUAUGGGGAGGGGGGAUUUUUCCUUGCAAUAACCGCGGGUCCGGACGCCACGGACGGGAGCAUGUAUGUGAUCACGGAGAUCGCCGACUACAGUUUGAAGGACUACCUAACCGAGCGGUUGAACGAAAAGAAGCCCAUGUCGGCGAAAGCGGUCCAGCUACUCUGUAAGUCCUUUUUGAUCGCGAUGGGGAUGCUGCACGCGAAGGGCCUGGCGCACUUGGAUAUGAAGCCGGAGAACAUCAUGCGCGCGGGGGACACGUGGAAAAUCAUUGACGUGGACGGGUGUACGCCGUUGAACAAGAAGGUGUCCAUCAACGAUUCCACAAUUUCUUUCUCCCCCUGUUACUGCGCCCCAGAAUGGGCCAACUUUUUAAUCGAGGAGGGGGAGUACUGCCGGAUCGGGCACCAACUGGACGUGUGGAGUGUGGGCGUGAGUCUGUGUGAAUUGGUCACGUUGGAUGCGGUGCUGAAGCCGAAGUAUCGGGUUUUUGUGCGUAGAAGUUCAGUUUAUCGCCAUUAAUAAACUUUGCGCGAAUUAUCUGGACAGCCGUCAGUACAAAUUAGUUUCGUGCGUCUUCGAAAAUUAAUCAUAGGAAAUGCACAAAAUAAAUCUUCGGAUUUUAUCUCCGCCAAAAUCAAUAAUCCACUUCAGGUACAUGCAGAUUUUCAAGAACGCGGGUUCCCACCGCAAGGCGGGUUUCAUGUUUCUCCAGUGGCUCGCGGACCCAUCGAAGGCCCUUUCCAUGAGCAAGAAGGUGGCGGAGCACAGUUCCCAGUUCACGGAUUUGGUCCUGUCCCGGAUGCUGACAAAGAAGCCUUCCGAACGGUGGUCGCUCGCGCAGUGUUUAAGACACGACUACAUGCGGAGCGUGGAGGUUCCGGGCUUGCACAUUGACAUCCAGGACGAGCACAAGGAGGAAAAGGUCCACGAUCCAGAGCAUCUCGGGGGGAGACUGUCUGUGGAUUUGAAGGAGAAACGGUUGCUCAGAGCGCAAGAGUCGACCAAGGACAAACCUCCUUUGAUGAAAUCUAUUUUACACAAACUUCACCACGACGGGGACCCGGGAAAAACGACGGAUUGGCAGAAGAGGGACGUGUGGCUCUCCGCGGACGGCAGUUUGUGCUACUUCUUAUUACAAUGAAAAAUGCCCCCACCCCCGAACUUGGGAGAAUUUGUGUUGCAAACCUUUCCAAAUGAAACACUCGCCCUAUUGCAUCUAUCAGCAUCACAGAUUUCCGAUCGUGAAUAGCAAAAAUUUGUAUUGCAAAAGAUCCCAGCAAGAGCGGCGCUUGUCAUGCAACCGAUGCGACACACGCCUACGCCUAGACUCUGCAUCGGAAAGAUUCAUACUCCUUUCAUGCAUGACAAAAAGUUUUCAUUUGGAAACUUCGCAUCGCAAAUCUUUGCAACUUUGGGGGUGGGGGCAUUUUUCAUUGCGAUACUUCUCGCCGAAGACUUUGAAAAAACUGGUUUUAAUCACGCACGAACAGCUGGCCGCGUCGAGAAUGUCGGAGGUGGAGGUUGCGGGUGCGGUGGAUGUUGGGGAGAAACAAGAGACUAAGCCAGGAACGACCACGCCGGAAACCAGUGCGGAAACAAAAACGGCUGAGCAGCAACAGGGGGAGACAAACAGCAGUAUUGUAAAAUCCGCCCUACCUUACACUUUCGUGAUCGAUUUAGACGGCGGUCGCUACUCCGCCACCGCGGACGACGACCACCACGCGCUGCACCAGGGCUUGGGCGACCUGGGGAAAAUGUACUUCGCGGCGUACAGUGAAAAAGAAUUGAAAACCUGGUUGGAAAUCCUCGACUACGCCCGGACCCACGAGGACCUGGCCAUGCAGGGGCAAUCCGGGUUUAUCGCGAACGCGGGGCUGGCGAAAGAUUUCCGCGAGUGGAAAAUUCUGGUUCGGAACCGAAGGGAAAAGAUCGAGCGGGGCACCGAGCAGGCGUACAAACCGGUGUACGAGGCGCAGAUUUUCAAACUCUCCACCGACGGCGACGCGCACAAUGAGCCCGAUUGGCUGCAGCGACGGAUGUGGCUGGCAAGGAACGGAGCGUUGUGCUACUUUUCGGAGAAAGACCAGAAGGAGUUGGUGUACUACCGGCCGGAGGAUAUCAGGUUUGUGAAGUACAGGCGGAUGAAUUUGGACGAAAGCUGUAAGCCGUAUUCCUUCGAGUUAGCUUUGCGGGCGACGGGGGACGGGCAAGAGUACGCGCCGGGGGUAUUUGCGGCGGAUACGGAAGAAGUGAUGCAGAUUUUCUUGGGGUGUAUUGAGAAGUAUCAGAGGAUAAAAGCAGAGAAAGAGAAAGCUGCUGGUGGAGGGUUGGCGAGGAAGUUGUGAGAUCUUUCCCCAAAGGGAUUGAUGCGUCAAUCGCGCAAAACGCAUAGGCUGACAUGGUUUUUACUUGUAAAAAUAAGAGUCGAAGAACUAUACGACUUGGAACAAAUGUGCUCUUGAGAUGAAUGCAAUCGUAUGUCUCCAGUAAGUUUGGUGUUCAUUGGUGCGGACGGGCUUCUUUGCGAAUAAACACUUGUACCAGGAUCGUUAGACAUGAGCGACGAGAAUGAUACGAGAGACAGAGUGAGAAAGAAACUGGAUGCAAACAACAAAUAUGAUCACCGCGGGCACUGCUUUCUUGCGUGCGACGCGAUACGGCGGCCUUUCAUACGAGACGCAGCGAAGGCUCGUCGGCAACGCACGAUUACUGGAGCAAGCUGCUGGACACGUCUGGUUCAUGGAAGUCGUUGAUCGGCUGGUGCCGGAAUUCGAAUGUUUCGCAAUGCCCUGCGGUUCGGGUCUUCCGAUGCUUAUUCGUCCACGUAACGGCCUGCCGGCGUACGAGGGCCUCUGGAUGCCGGUACAGUUUCGCAAUACCGUCCGCACCAUGUGCAACAUCCCCGGAAAGCCCGGAGUGCUUUGCCAGCUGCGCAACUACAAAUUGCUGGACCGUUGGAGAGAUGCGCCUACUGUACUGGCAUCGCAGAACCAGAACUCAAUUUUUCUGUGGCCGGACGCGAUCUCCAAGACGCACUGCGUCAAGGUGGAAUCGGAGGCGCGGAUCGACUUGCAACGAGCGGACGCUGCGCAGUGUUUGAAAACGCGACUGCUAAAGACGUACGGAAACCACCGGCACCAUGCAGAACCAUUGCUGCAUUUUGUACAGGGCGGUGCGGAGACGAGGGUCAUACACGCAUACCGCUACGUUCUGCUUGCGCAGGCGAUGAAGUUGCCAGUGUUCCGAGAACUGAAGUUCAUCCCCAAUUUUAGUACCGACGGCGUUCGCUUCAAUGCGGUACUGCGCGGGCACAGUAUCCUAGCUCGUGUAGCUCGACCAGCGCCGACGAAAUCCGGAAUCCAGUUCAGUCUCAGCAAGUACAGUGCCGGGGUCAGACGUGCCUUCGAUGUAACUGACGGAAUUUCCUUCUGCCUUCUCUUGGUUGCAGAGCGACACGACCCAGCACGACUAGACUACAUUGGUCUAGUGCCAGCUAGUGUUAUGGAGCAGUGUAGGUUGUUCUCCAGUUUUGCGCAUGGUGGAGCGCGACACCGCUACAUCAAGUGGGCAUCGGACAACUCGCUGGACUUCGAACGCGUCCAGUGCGGUGUCUUGAAACCGUACUUCAUCCGCUGUGGCGGCAUAGCGCACACAAGCGUCCAAGAAUAUGCAGAGCUCAUUUUAAUGGGAAAGGUCGGUGGUAUAAGAGAUGAAAAGAUUUUCGAUAAUGCACUCUUUCAAACUUCUACGCAAACCAGUACCUGAUACAGUAUGAAGAGAAUGUGACAAGUCAUCGAACCCAAGAUGCCCUAUGCGUGCCGCGAUGAGUGGCACAGUGUCUGUUCGAUGGAGGUGGAGUAGCUCAUUUUGCUUUAUCAGAGGAUAAAGGCGGAGAAGGAGAAAGCCACAGGUGGGCGAUUGGCGAGGAAGUUGUAGAGCGGAAAGCGAUGCGGAUGCCUUUGCAGAUUCAAAAAAUUUUGCGUUAUGUGGUGCGUUCCUUGAGCGCUAUAUGUGUUCAGGUGUUCCCAUGGCCAUGACUCAAAAGCUUCAGCAACCUUCCCAUGAAUUGAGAGACCGAGGGGUCAGGAAAGACCUUGGAGUUCGAGUGCCCACCUGGCCAAACACAUCGAAAAAAGAUGAUGCACUUCGGGGCUCUGCGGUGCAGACGUGGCAGUCCGUACGCUUUGCACUGCGUUUUUCAGCGAAGAUCUGCAGGUAGACAUCGGCGGUGGGAGCAGAUGGAUGGGUACCAGUGGUUUCUUGAAGUUGCGAGGCGCGGCGCACCCGAUCUUGAAUUUUUUACGAUGCCGCGCGAGUCGCGGUUUCCUGCUCUCUUUCGUCCGAGUACAGGCGCACAGCCGCACGAAGGUGUGUGGUUGCCGCUGCAGCUGCGGAAUACGAUGCGAAGGUCCUGCACUCUGCCCCGGAAAGCAGGUGUUUUGUGCCACGUGCGAAACGAACACGCGUUCCGGCGUUGGCCCGAUAUGCCGCUGUUGCUCACCGCCCCGGGGAUCAGCAGCAUCUUUGUUUUUGAUCACGACAAAGUCAAAGGUCAAUUCACCGUCUAUGCGGAAUCCGAUUGCCGGUUUGUUGUCGAUAGCGGAGAAGGCGACGCUGGAUUAGGUACGCGCUUGCGCAAGCUGUACGACGACUACAGGUACCAGGAAAGACCCCUCCUCGAGCUGCUGAAGUGCGGUGCCUCGACGCGCCUUCUGGAGCACAAGAACAACCUGCUCCUGCAAGCGAUGAGCUUGAAUGUGUUCCAAGAACUAAGUUUUCCCGUCGACGCGCGCAGGGAGGGUAUGCGGUCGACCGCCCGUCUUCGCGGUUGCUCCGUGCUGAUCCGGGGUACGCAGCUGCAGCAACGCCGUAAAAAUCCGCGCCUCGAGAUCCCGUUGCGCAAGUGGAUCAGCGGGCCGCCAAAUAUCUGGCGUCCUUUCGCUGCUAACGACGGCAUUGAUCUCGUCAUGUGGCUAAUUGCAGGUACAAGAGAUGUGUCACGACUGGAGUACAUUGGUUUCUUUCCGUCGCAGCUUCUCGCAGAUCUGGGUUUGUUGUCGUCGUCCAUGCAUCCCGGGGUCUUGCAGUUUUUCAUGAAGUGGAAGUCUGAAACCGAGCUGGACUUCGCCGGCUCCAAUGCCGAGGCGCUCGAGCCGUACUUCAUCCGGUGCUACGACAGUAGCCGAAGUGCAAUACGCGAUUUUGCAGAAAGAGUGCUGUGGGAGGUCGAAUCUGCGAAGCCACGCCAGGCAAGUGGCCAGAAAGCCUCGCUGGCGCAGUGCAACAGUAGCGGUGUGGUUCGAUAACAUUAUACACUUAUUGCGCCUUUCUUUGACAAUUCUUUUCCACGCACCACAUGUGCAUCAUGUACAAUGUUUCGAAUGCUCCACAUGUUUUCGGACGCCACUUGAUAGCUUCGAAGAAACUGGCAUUUGCAAGAAGCUCAGUUGUUCUACUGUGUCAGAUUUUUCUUGCACCAUUUCACCCGCCAUUUUCAACACACGUCGGAUCGCUCAGUUUUCGACACCUCUGUUGCAAUUUUGAUUGAGGUGAGUGAGCAAUGUGAUGAGAACAUUUUUCCGAUUGUCCUCGAAGCGAACGGGUGCUGAUCAGGAUGUUUCCUUAUCGUCCCGGUUCCUUUUGUCUCCUGACAUGCGUUUGAUAGCGUGCUGCGGAAAAUCCAUGUUGUCACAAGAUGAUUGCGAGCCGAGGGGCUACCUUUGCGCACUUCAGACCUCUUCGCCCUCCUGUGUUUACGAAGUGGCUCGCCCCUUUUCAGCGCAAGCUGGUGGGGAACCAGCGACGCCUGGAACAGGUGCGUGGGCAUAUAUGGUUUCUUCAAGUUGCUGAAGGUGCUGCGCCAGAGUUUGAGUUUUUCCCCAUGCCGCGCUCGUCGGGGUUUCCCAUGCUGAUGCGACUGCGCAGAGGCUUACCAGCACACGAAGGGUCGUGGCUGCCUUUGCAGAUGCGGAACACGAUUCGCAGCGAGUGCGACAUCCCUGGAAAGCCUGGCAUCAUCUGCCAGGUUCGAAAUGAACGCGCAUUCGAAAAGUGGAGUGACAUGCCGAUGUUGAUAACGUGCACUCCACGAGACGCUGUCUUUGCACUUGGUCACGACUGCGUGAAAAGCUACUUCAACGUGAGGGCAGCUUCGGAAUCUACUAUUGAAUCGGUCAGUACUACGGGAGCUGUGGCACUCGGGAGGAAGCUCCACGAAAUAUUUGAUCAAUAUCAACACCAGGCACGACCACUGCUGGAGCUUAUAGGGACUGCUGCGCUCGGUAGCACCGUUCGGGCUCAUCGUCACGGUCUUCUUGCACAAGCAAUGGAUCUGCCGGUGUUUGAGGAGCUAAAGUUUCCACCAGCGGUUGGAAUCGAUGGCGCGCGGAGCAACGCGUGUUUGCGCAACCAUGGAGUGCUAUUUCGUGUCUCGCGUCCGAGUCCAUCCAAGAAGAAACCACAAGGACUGCAGAUCAGCAUGUGCAAGUACACGGAUUGGCAAAGCGGGGCCUUUCAGGUCACAGAUGGCAUCGACAUUUUUCUCUGGCUUGUUGCCGAAAGGAGACAACCGUCUCGGCUGAGCUCCAUCGGACUCCUACCGAAAGAGGCCCUGGUUUCAAGUGGGAUCAUUUCAGCAAGCGAAAACGUUUCCGGCGUGAGGCACCUGUACAUGAAGUGGAAGUCUGAUGAAGAGAUCGACUUUAGCGGGGCACACAUCACAAGUCUAGCACCGUAUUUCAUCCACAGAUCGGCCACGAGUAGUGCAAUUCGAGACUUCGCGGAACGGAUCUUGCUGGAGGUCUCCUCUGCCACGCAAAGCAGGAAAGCAGAUGCGGGUUAUAGUGUCGCGCAGCAAGAAGUUUUCCGAGAUUCGUCUGCCUCCACGGCAUAGAUUAGUCGAUGGUGCUGCGCCACGAGUACUUUUGGUCCAUCGACCCGAAUAUGCAUUGCAAAUAUGUCUGGGUCUGGAAAUCUCGAACUUGUAAUGCAGCUCUCACAUUCCUGUAAAAUUUGUAUUGCAUGACCACCAAAGUACGCAGCCGCUUUUGUCUAUACGAAAACGCAGUUUCUCAUGCGGGCUGUGCAUCAGAAAGCGUUCUGGAAAGUUGUCAUGCUUGGCUGCAUUCGGAAUUGCUUCCAUCAUUCGCACUUUAGCAUCACAAGUUUUCAGACCCAGACAUUUUUGCAGUUGAUACCGAAGAAGUGCUUCCUCGAGCUCGUGGACUACAGCAAGGAGGCGGACGGAACCGCUAUCAAAAAGAAAAAUCCCUCCUCCCCAUGUCAAAAAGGAAAUCUGUGAUGCAGAUUUGUGGUCACAGAUCAGCUUUGUCAUGCUAGAAGGGAAAAGAUAAAGAUGCGGACUGUGGUGCUGGGUGGCGUGGGAAAGCCUUGCAUCUUCAGCAUGACAGGAGACAGCUGGAAGUGGGAAACAGCAUGACAAAUUGCCCGCAGGCGAGGCCACAGCUGCGGCCCUUGGCCUGCUAGCAAUACAAGUCGAUCUGUGUACCCAAAUACAGCGUCACAAGUUUCCUGUCCGAUAUGGGGAGGGGGGAUUUUUCCUUGCAAUAACCGCGGGUCCGGACGCCACGGACGGGAGCAUGUAUGUGAUCACGGAGAUCGCCGACUACAGUUUGAAGGACUACCUAACCGAGCGGUUGAACGAAAAGAAGCCCAUGUCGGCGAAAGCGGUGCAGCUACUCUGUAAGUCCUUCUUGAUCGCAAUGGGGAUGCUGCACGCGAAGGGUUUGGCGCACUUGGAUAUGAAGCCGGAGAACAUCAUGCGCGCGGGGGACACGUGGAAAAUCAUUGACGUGGACGGGUGUACGCCGUUGAAUAAGAAGGUGUCCAUCAACGAUUCCACAAUUUCGUUUUCGCCCUGUUACUGCGCCCCAGAGUGGGCCAACUUUUUGAUCGAGGAGGGGGAGUACUGCCGGAUCGGGCACCAGCUGGACGUGUGGAGUGUGGGCGUGAGUCUGUGUGAAUUGGUCACGUUGGAUGCGGUGCUGAAGCCGAAGUAUCGGGUUUUUGUGCGUAGAAGUUCAGUUUAUCGCCAUUAAUAAACUUUGCGCGAAUUAUCUGGACAGCCGUCAGUACAAAUUAGUUUCGUGCGUCUUCGAAAAUUAAUCAUAGGAAAUGCACAAAAUAAAUCUUCGGAUUUUAUCUCCGCCAAAAUCAAUAAUCCACUUCAGGUACAUGCAGAUUUUCAAGAACGCGGGUUCCCACCGCAAGGCGGGUUUCAUGUUUCUCCAGUGGCUUGCUGAUCCCUCGAAAGCGCUUUCCAUGAGUAAGAAGGUGGCGGAGCACAGUUCCCAGUUCACGGAUUUGGUCCUGUCCCGAAUGCUGACGAAGAAGCCUUCCGAACGGUGGUCGCUCGCGCAGUGUUUAAGGCACGACUACAUGCGGAGUGUGGAGGUUCCGGGUUUGCACAUCGACAUCCAGGACGAACACAAGGAGGAAAAGGUCCACGACCCGGAGCAUCUCGGCGGCCGACUCUCUUUGGAUUUGAAGGAGAAACGGUUGCUCAGAGCCCAGGAAUCGACCAAGGACAAACCUCCUUUGAUGAAAUCUAUUCUCCACAAGCUCCACCACGACGGGGACCCGGGAAAAACGACGGACUGGCAGAAACGGGACGUGUGGCUCUCCGCGGAGGGGUGUUUGUGCUACUUCUUAUUACAAUGAAAAAUGCCCCCACCCCCGAACUUGGGAGAAUUUGUGUUGCAAACCUUUCCAAAUGAAACACUCGCCCUAUUGCAUCUAUCAGCAUCACAGAUUUCCGAUCGUGAAUAGCAAAAAUUUGUAUUGCAAAAGAUCCCAGCAAGAGCGGCGCUUGUCAUGCAACCGAUGCGACACACGCCUACGCCUAGACUCUGCAUCGGAAAGAUUCAUACUCCUUUCAUGCAUGACAAAAAGUUUUCAUUUGGAAACUUCGCAUCGCAAAUCUUUGCAACUUUGGGGGUGGGGGCAUUUUUCAUUGCGAUACUUCUCCCCGAAGACCUUGAAGAAAUUAGUUUUGAUUACGCACGAACAGCUGGCCGCGUCGAGAAUGUCGGAGGUGGAGGUGGCGGGUGGGAUGGAUGGGAAGAGAGAGGCUAAGCCAGGAACCACACCUGAAACCAGUGCGGAAACAAAAGCGGGGGAGCAACAGGGGGAGACAAACAGCAGUAUUGUAAAAUCCGCUUUACCCUACACCUUCGUCAUCGAUUUAGACGGCGGCCGCUACUCGGCCACCGCGGACGACGACCACCACGCACUGCACCAGGGCUUAGGCGAUCUGGGGAAAAUGUACUUCGCGGCGUACAGUGAAAAAGAAUUGAAAACCUGGUUGGAAAUCCUCGACUACGCCCGGACCCACGAGGACCUGGCCAUGCAGGGGCAGUCUGGGUUUAUCGCGAACGCCGGGUUGGCCAAGGAUUUCCGCGAGUGGAAGAUUCUGGUCCGGAACCGAAGGGAAAAGAUCGAGCGGGGGACGGAACAGGCGUACAAGCCAGUAUACGAAGCACAAAUUUUCAAACUCUCAACCGACGGCGACGCGCACAAUGAGCCGGAUUGGCUGCAGCGACGGAUGUGGCUGGCGCGGAACGGGGCGUUGUGUUAUUUUUCGGAGAAAGACCAGAAGGAGUUGGUUUACUACCGGCCGGAGGAUAUCAGGUUCGUGAAGUACAGACGGAUGAAUUUAGACGAGAGCUGUAAGCCGUACUCGUUCGAGUUAGCUUUGCGGGCGACGGGGGACGGGCAGGAGUACGCGCCGGGGGUGUUUGCGGCGGAUACGGAAGAGGUGAUGCAGAUUUUUCUCGGGUGUAUUGAAAAGUAUCAGAGGAUAAAAGCCGAGAAAGAGAAAGCUGCGGGUGGCGGGGGAUUGGCGAGGAAACUUUGAUUGAUUAAGGUUUUGCCGACUUUUACCUGCAGCCACUGCGAUGUGUGUAUACAUAUUUUGAGCAGCAGACGCGCAUCUACUUUUCUCACUUUGAUGGUUAGCUUUCUACAAUUACAGGAGUAUCUCGUCUCCUCUAAUUCAGAUGGUGGAGCUUUUGUGUUCGUACUCUUUGCGCUGCUACCUAAAAAGCCCAGGAAGUUUUUGGGCAGAGAGUAUCGAUGGAGCGGGUUUCAGAGAGUAGUUGUCCUUUUUCGUGAGCGGUGUACUGUGAGUUUCAUUCUGUGCUUCCGAGGGGUCUUUGGAAUGCAUUGCGCGAUCGGGCACAGAAAAAAA